UACUCAAGUACUCACACAUUCUCACCUACUCAAAAAGCACCACUGAAAUUCUACUCUCCCCAAACAUAUUGGAAUCAUAAUUCAUAAGCAUUCACUUUCACUUUCAGUGGAUUCAUGCUCAAAUGAAAAAAGCCCCCCACUGAAAUCAUUCACACAAUCACACUACCCUACUAACAUAUGGAGAACAUCGGAGUGCUGAUGGCGUGCCCUAUGAACGCCUACCUGGAACACCAACUCCACAACCGAUUCAAUCUCCUCCGCUUCUGGAACUUUCCCGACUCCGACGCUUUCUUCGCCCAGAUUAACGCCGCCUCUGUCCGCGCCCUUGUCGUCAACGCCUUCGUCGGAGCCGAUCUCCUCGACGUCUUCAUCGACCGCCUCCCCAAUCUGGAAAUCCUGUCCACAUACAGCGUCGGCUUGGAUAAGGUGGACCUGGCCAAGUGCAAGGAGAAGGGGAUUAGGGUUACCAACACCCCCGACGUCCUCACCGAUGACGUAGCCGACAUCGCCAUCGGGUUGAUCCUCGCCGUGCUGAGGAAGAUCUCCGAAGGCGAUAGAUUCGUGAAGAAAGGAUUGUGGAAAAUGGCUCACUUCCAGUUCCAAUUCACUUCACAGUUUAGCGGUAAAUCCGUUGGGAUAAUAGGAUUAGGAAGGAUAGGUUUAGCGAUUGCAAAGAGAGCAGAGGCGUUUAACUGCGCAAUAAGUUACCACUCCAGAUCACAAAAACUCAACACAAAUUACAAAUACUAUCCUACUGUAAUCGAGUUAGCAUCUAAUUGCCAGAUAUUAGUAGUCGCGUGCGCCUUGACUCCGGAGACUCACCACAUCAUCAACCGCCAAGUUAUCGAUUCGUUGGGGCCUAAUGGAGUGGUGAUCAAUAUCGCUAGGGGCGGUCAUGUAGAUGAGGCGGAGCUGAUAUCCGCUCUGGUGGAAGGGCGGUUGGGAGGUGCCGGACUUGAUGUGUUUGAAGAUGAGCCGGAAGUGAAUGAGGAGCUAUUUGGGAUUGAUAAUGUGGUGUUGCUGCCGCACCACGGUUGCGCCACCGUGGAGACACGCAACGCCAUGGCUGACCUGGUGGUUCGGAACUUGGAAGCUCAUUUUAUGAAUAAGCCGUUGUUAACUCGGGUAGUUUGAAUUGGUUAUCUAGUCAUCAUCUUUUAGUGGUUUGGUUUUUUAACUUUGCCAUCUUGAUAUGCUCAAGAUUUGGAUUAGAAGACACAUAAAAUGAUUAUUUUGUAUCCAACUAAAAUUUAUUAUUAA